GAAGAGUGGAUUCCACCAGGAGCUCCUGGCAGCCGCACCAUCCAAGUAACUUCAUCCGCUCACGUUGUCUCGUAAACCCGACAUAAGGCACGUAUGGAUGGGUAAAAAUUGAACAAAAACCGGAUUUUCUUCCAUGGACUCUCCACUUGAGUGUCGACACGGCGGAUGAGACGGCUCCAAACGGUGUUCACGGGAGACCGCGUUCGUUCUGGCUGGCCGCCGUCCACUGCGCUCCGGCUUCCCGCCUCCAGCUCGCUCGCUUGACGGCGGACACCAGCGGGACUAUGUGAGCACCAUGCGGGCUGUGAGAUGCCUGCUGUUCGCCGCGGUGCUCGCACGGUGCUCCGUGACGGGUCUGAGGGGGGACUGGCAACCCCCCAUUGAAGACCUUGUGCAGCCCAAAAGGCUCCUGCAGCAGAUCCACUCCCAGGAUGAAGUGCUUCACACCCGCCUCGACACCCGGGUCCAAAACUUCUCGACGGGGGCGAAGCCCGUGCAUCUGGCCCAGAGCAGCUUCCUGGUGGAGGCCUUUGGCAGUUCAUUUAUCCUCGACCUGGAACUUAACCAUAAUCUCCUGUCGACAGACUAUGUCGAAAGACACUUUGAAGACAAUGGACAGCCAUCACAGAUUAAGGGAGGAGAACACUGUUACUACCACGGACGUGUGCGAGGGCUGCCACAAUCUUGGGUGGCUUUGUCCACCUGUCACGGACUUUGGGGAAUGUUCUCUGAUGGCAACAUCUCAUAUGGGAUCCAACCUGUGGACGGUGUUGAGAUGGUGGACCAUGUUGUGUAUCGCAUGCCGAUCGUCGAUAUCCUCUCGGCUUCCUGUCCAGCAUGCAGCUUGAACGGUAGCCGGCCUGUAAGGCAGACAGGCAGCAAAGGAGACGAGAAGAGGCGGCAUGGAGACGACUGGUCUGCAUUUGAGGCGAAGGAGACCAGCUUGAGACGAUCAAAAAGACAAGUGCGUCGGGGUCAGCGCACAGUGCAGACUGAGACCAAAUAUAUUGAGCUAAUGGUCAUAAAUGACCAUGAACUGUUUGUCCAACAGCGUCGAUCGACCUCUCAGACGAAGAACUUUGCCAAAGCGGUUGUCAACAUGGCUGAUGCGAUCUACAAGGAGCAGCUCAACACGCGCAUCGUCCUGGUCGCCAUGGAAACCUGGUCGUCAGAGAACCGAAUCUCGGUGGGUGACGACGCCCUGGUCACCCUGCGCGACUUCAUGAAAUACCGGAAAGCGAGCAUCCGCGAACGCUGCGAUGCGGUGCACCUCCUCUCCGGGAGGACGUUCAUGAGCAGCCGCAGCGAGGCCGCAUACGUCGGCGGCGUCUGCUCGCUCAACAGGGGCGGCGGCAUCAACGAGUUUGGCGCAGUGGGUCCAGUGGCCAUCACGCUGUGCCAGAGCUUGGGCCAGAACAUCGGAAUGCUGAGGAACAAGGAUAGACCUGCCGCAGGAGAUUGCAGAUGUCCAGAUCCGUGGUUGGGAUGCAUCAUGGAAGACACUGGCUACUACCUGCCUAGGAAGUUCUCUCGCUGUAGUAUCGACGAAUAUCUUCGCUUUCUGCAGCAAGGUGGUGGCAGUUGCUUGUUCAACAAACCCAGUAAGCUUCUGGACCCGCCCGAGUGUGGCAACGGAUACGUGGAACUGGGAGAGGAGUGCGACUGCGGGACACUUGUGGAUUGCACCCGCAGCGGCGCCAAUUGUUGCAAGAAGUGCACACUUACCCACAAUGCAAUGUGCAGCAACGGCCUUUGCUGCAGGGACUGCAAGUAUGAGCUGAGAGGUGUGACAUGUCGUGAGGCCGUCAAUGACUGUGAUAUCCCAGAAACCUGCUCGGGUGAUUCCAGCCAGUGUCCUCACAAUGUACACAAACUAGACGGCUACACCUGCGAGGCCGGCCAGGGUCGCUGCUACGGUGGUCGCUGUAAAACCAGAGACAGCCAGUGCCGGAGUUUGUGGGGCUUCAACGCCGCUGACAGGUUCUGCUACGAAAAGCUCAAUUCCGAGGGCACGGAGAAAGGAAACUGCGGGCCAGAGCCUGGCGGUCAGGGAUGGAUGCAUUGCAACAAGCAGGACGUUCUGUGCGGUCUGCUUCUGUGCACCAAUGUGACCGAAAAGCCUAGUUUUGGCGAGUUGCAAGGCAAACUGACAAGUUUGACUAUCUAUCAUCACAAUAGAUACUUGGACUGCAGGGGUGGUCAUGCGGUUUUGGAUGAUGGCUUGGACCUGGGCUACGUGGAGGAUGGAACACCUUGCGGGCCAAACAUGAUGUGUCUUGAACGCCGCUGCCACCCGGUCAACACCUUCAACCUCAGCAUGUGUCCUGGCUCGUCCAUUUCACGCAUUUGCUCCCAUCAUGGCACAUGUAGCAAUGAAGUUAAAUGCAUCUGUGACCCGGACUACACCGGGAAGGACUGCAGCGUGUUUGACCCCAUUCCUAUUCCCACGCCAUAUGAAGGCCCGGCGAAGCAUAAAGGUCCGAGUGGGACCAACAUCAUCAUUGGCUCAGUGGCCGGUGCCAUUUUGUUGGCUGCCAUUGUCCUGGGAGGCACUGGAUGGGGAUUCAAAAACAUCCGGAGAGGAAGGUACGACCCCGCCUUUGAGUCCUGAACCUAGCUGGGCUGCCAUUUUUGCAAAUAGAGAAAAUUAUAAUAAAGCACAAUUUCUCCAGUUUUAGUUUUCUAUCCUUGUAGAUGAUAUUUCUUCUUCUCUGCUUUUUCUCUUUCUACUCUUCUCUGCAUAUCCUCAGAUCUUCCGGUGUUUGAUCCUCAUUCCAAACAAAUUCCCUGAGCAUGUGGGACAUUUUAAGGUACUAUCCUCCCUUUUGGGGCCGCUGUGGAAGCCCUGUUCUCUUACCAUCUUUUCCCCUUUCCUUCUUUUUUCUUCCAUCCCGUCUUUCACGAGAUGAUGUCACUAGGCAUGAUGGACAUGCCGCUUCUACUCCGCCCCUGCACAUUUAAUGGCAAUAUAGAUAUCUGCAAGUAGCGACCUCUUCUGCUCUUAUACGUAAAUAUGCAUUGAUGUGUGAAUGUAUCUCUGGGUGUGGAUAAUGUGUAAAAGCAGUAAUCUGUCUGUAACCCAUUUAACAUACAAUCACAAAUUUAGUCCCCAGGGAAAAAAAGUGUUCGGACCCAGUGUUCACCUAGAUGUUUCUUUUAUUUUUAACUUUCACAUGGUGCUGACUGCAUGUUUAAAUCCCGCCUUACAAUAAGACACUUUUAGUUAUUCCGUAGUCCACAGAAUUCUUCUUGAGCAAAUGUUUGUAUAGAUUGUGAACUGUACAUGAAAAUUUCCCACUUCUUCGUCCUUUCAGAGAAAAAAAAAUCUUUAAUAGCGUACUGCACGUAACACGUCACCUUUGCUCAUUAAUAUUCAUGACGUUAGCAACUGUUGCUAGGGGGGUCUAACUUGCUUUUGUUCUUCAUGCUAGAUGCAUGUAAAUAGUGUAGGAACGAGAUGUUUACUGAGCUAAACCUACCAAUGCUAUCCAAAAAUGAUGUCUCUUGUGCUAAAUUCACUGGUAAAGAUGUGGAAGAAGAACAUACAAAUGUUCAGUUAAAGAGAUGGCAUGAGUGUCGAGAGCUGAAAAAGACGGGAAAAAGAGCCGUCCUGAUCCAGAGGUAGCAUUUUUAUUGACACCUUUUUUUGUGUGAAUUGCUUUACACCACUGACAAUGACAUUCUCCUGUUUCACCAGGCUAUCCUUUCUCUCUCAUAUAUUAUAUCCUCUGGUUGUCUUAGGUCUCUGACCGUUCUUGGGGGUAAUAUAUUUUUGUGUAGCAAUUGCAAGUGCUACUCAGUGACAACCAACGAUCACUUUUAAUUUUUUUCAACAAUAACAAAUCUUAAUUCUAUUAAUUUUUUUACACUUUCCCCUUACUAGAGUUGUUUUUUUAACAACAGAAAAGGUAACAACAGUGGUAGUCAGGUGCAGCACGGCAAAACACCACGCUACAAAAUAAGUAGGGCUGUCAAACGAUUAAAAUUUUUAAUCGCAUUAAUCACAGCUUAAAAAUUAAUUAAUCGUAAUCAAUAUGCCAUAUUUUUCUGUAGAUUACUGUUGGAAUGGUAAGAUAAGACACAAGACGGAUAUAUACAUUCAACAUACUGUACAUAAGUACUGUAUUUGUUAUUUAUAACAAUGAAUCAACAAGAUGGCAUUAACAUUAACAUUCUGUUAAAGCGAUCCAUGGAUAGAAAGAUUUGUAGUUCUUAAAAGAUAAAAGUUAGAACAAGUUAUAGAAAUUUUAUAUUAAAACCCUUCUUAAUGUUUUCGUUUUAAUAAAAUUUGUACAAUUUUCAAUCAAAAAAUAAACUGAUAGCUCGCCAUUGUUGAUGUCAAUGAUCACACAACGCUCACGGUGCUUAAACCCAUAAAAUCAGUCGCACCCAAGCGCCAGUAAAGGGUGACAAAACACAAAAAAACACAAGUAACAAGUGGCCAUGGCACUGUGCUGUCAUUUUAAUCUGUUUGAGCGGGGCAUGUGCGUUAAUUGCGUCAAAUAUUUUAACGUGAUUAAUUUAAAAAAUUAAUUACCGCCCGUUAACACGAAAAUUUUGACAGCCUUAGAAAUAAGUAAAAAUAUCAAAAUGACUUAUCUCUUCGGGGCAGGCUGUGGCAGGCAAUGGAUAAGGAUUGUCAUCUGUAAAACCAUGGCCCUCAACAAAAUGUUUACUGCAUGUGACGGUGAAUGGCUUCACCUUGCUGGCUUUAAACUGGGAUUUUGGACAUCCGCACAAGUUGAUCCAUUGUUUACAUGUUUUUCCUCUGAGUUUUUGGCUCCAGGAAAGGUAUGAAGAAAACAUCCUUCAUCUGUCAUAAUGUCUACAGUCAUUUCUACAUGUUCCAUAGCAGCAGUGUCUGCUCGGCACGUUUUUUUUUUGAAGGAUUACCGGCAGAAAACAAGCAAUACUAGCAUGGGUUGUAUGUGAGCACGCUUCUAUGUUGACCCCCUUCCGGUUUAUGAUGGUGACGUCACGCAGCCUUGCGGUCUAAAAAUAGCAUUUGUGCGGUACGCUAUUUGGAAUUUUUAAGCUUUAUUAUUCAAUAGAUAUGUUUUUUUGAGUCUGGCAUUAAAAGUGUAAAUACAGUGGUACCUCUACUUGCAAAUGCCCUACAAACAGAAUUUUCAGGUUAAAUCAGGUUAAAACACGCUUCAAAGGGAAAUAUUGCCUCUUGCUACGGAAAAAAAAUUAAGGAUACGAAACGCAAAAAUAAAGGACGGGCUGCUACUCGCAGCUCCCAGUUUACUGAACGUAGCAUACUUAUAGCUGCUUUGCCAUUGGCUAUUUCCGAGCAUUCCUGCCAUCCAAUUGGCUAAGAGGGACCUCUGCUGUAUGUGUAUGUGUAUCCCAGUGUCCCCUUACGCCUCUCGUGUUCCAACAGCUUUACAUAAGUGUAUUAGCUUUUAUUCUUUACGCUAUUCUUGUUUUUUUACAUUAUGCACAACUCUGAUUUUAUGUUUAUUGUGCAAUAAUCUAUUUGUAACGUGUAUUUGUUACAUGUUUUGACGCAUUUUUAAGCAUUAUUUAAGAUUUAUGUCUCAAUUUUGGGGGGCUUGGAACAGAUUAGGGCAUUCACAUGAAAAACGCGUCUCUACUUAAAGAAUUUUCAAGUUACGAAACUACUUACAGAACCAAUUAAUUUUGUAAGUACAGGUACCACUGUAUUCACAAAAGUGGCAUAUCAAACAGGUCCAGCUUUUAUAAUACGUCAACAUGAUUAACGUUGUGACAUUUUUGCUUGGUGGUGUACAAAUUUUCAAAUACGUCAUACAUGAAUUGGAUCAAUAAAGGUUGGGAAAUGCUGCACUUUACAUAAUUAUAUUAUAUUAUAUAUCAUAUUAAAAGAAAGACCAUUUACAGGGCCUUUUACAGCUCUCUAAAAACGUCCUUGAGGUACCUUUUUUUGGCAGCUAACAGAUGCGAUUUCAAAAUAAAAGUACAAUGGGAAGCCUUUUCAUAGAAACGAAUCUGUACCUUAUUAUGUUUAUGUGAAAUUAGUUGAUUUCUCAGGUAUCUGCAAUAGUUUUACAUUUCAUUUUCUGCUGACCUUUUCGCUUUACUCCCUAUAUUUUCAAAAUAUUUGUACUUUUUACUGCUUACUUUGUCUAAAUAGCCCCCCUGCCCACUCUCCCAACCGCCUCGGAUGAAUUCAUGACAUAGUAUUAACAGCAAUGAUGUUAAAGAUUUGGAAAAGCAAGAUGUUUCCCACCUUAUUCAAAAGAACAUUUCAAUGUUAUUGGGAAAUCUGAUUGCUUUCAUAGAAUACAAGUCAACGCUUGCUAGUUCUUGGUCUGAAAAAGAAAUGUAAUUUUACUUCUCUGUACAAGAACUAUGCAAAUUAAUAAAAGAUGGAAACUACUUCUGGGCAAAUAUUUUUUUCUGGUUCAAAAUGAGUAUUGUGUACAAUUGUACCUUGAAAUUGGUGUUUUAGUCAUUCUUUGAGGACGCUUGUAAGUCGAAUACGAUGUGGAAACGAUUGAAUGGAAAUGAUUUGAACUCUUUCAGAUGCUCACUGGAGUUCCUGAAAAAAUAAAGACAAAAUGAAUACAGCACGUUAAGAACCAAACUUUAAGCCCCACCCUCUCAAAUAAGUCCAUCCCUACCAUCCUCAGAGUAACCAUCGCUUCAGGGCGCCAAAUUUAAAUAAGCAAGUUGCUCUGCCCCACCCUGUAGUGUAGAAUAAUAACAACAGUUAAUGAAGAUAACUUUAUGCUAAGAUAACAAAAUACCAUUAAACAACAUCUUAAGCAGUUACUCACAAUAUUAUUACUCAUUACUUGAGUAUUCUUUUCACCAAAUACUUUUUUAAACUUGUACUUGAGUUCGUUUUUUGGAUGACUACUUUGACUUUAGUAAUAUUUUGAACUAACGCAGAUCUUACUUAAGUCAAUUUUUUUGGCUACUCUACCCACCUCUGGUGAAUAGUAGUCAAUGAGUUAAGAUUUUUUGUCCUACACUAGGGGCGGGAACCUCUUGGUACCUUUCGAUCCGAUUUGCGAUUCAAAACUCAUGAAAAUGAUGCUCUCAUGAUAUCGAUACAUUGGUCAGGAAAUCAUAUUAGGAUAUUCUACAAAACAACUAAUGAACAAGAAAAAGAAGGUUCUGCUGUGAAUUGGAAUGAGUUUAUCACUAAUAAACGUCCAAUCCAUUUGAAGUAGGAGGGGUAGCAGCGAAUGAUUUGCUGCCAUCCCUCCCACUUCAAAAUGAUUGAACAUCUAUGGCCGUCAGUGGCAGCCUCUCCACACCCCACACUUACCGGUGCGUGUUUGUCUUUUCAAUUCCCCCGUCUUUAGUUUGUUUUUAACUUCUUGCUGCUCCAUAUCGAAAUACCGGGUCAAAAAUAUGUAAUAGAUGCGGUUUUGCGGACUUGCAGAGGGGAAGAUUAAAAGGAGGGUGCAUGGCAUGCUCUGACUCUGCGGCUCCUGUUGCAACUACCAUACAGCACCUUCUCUUUUUUAGCCAAAUUAUUUAUUUUAGAACAAGUAUUCCUUAGUUUAACAUCCAUACAUCGUUUUAGUCUACAGAUUGAAGGAAUCUGACCUUCUAGCCAGACUGCCGGAAUCGCGCCAGCCGAACCACCGGACCCGCGCUGGCGCAGCUCCAACGACCCGGGCCAGCAAGUCCCUGACAAUCCGGCCAGAAGGCCAAACUCUGCGCGUUCACGUUAGUCUUAACCCUUUGUACUGACUCCAUUUUGAAAGGUUUAAAGAAGGCUCUUCGUAAACAAGUUGACAAUUUAUUCAUGUCGACAGCGGUCAAAACGGCAAGGCGAAACAGAAACACUCAGGCGGGGAAGCAAGGUCACCCUAUCACAUGUUAACAAAAGGUUCCCGAGAAAAAUGACAACGCUUAGUUAAACAUUCAAUCUUUUGAAGGUUCUCGCUGGGCGGGGCGUGGGCAGGAAGAAGGGUGUGUUUAUUUAAGAUUAUUGUCUGUUUGUGGAUUGGACAGGAGGAUUCGGGAGUUACUGUUGUCACGGCAACGAGGAUUGUGGAUUUUGCCACCUCAGCGUCAAAGGGGCUCUUGCAGUCUUGUCAGUCAUGUUAUCAGUUGGAUAUUGGGCGUUUUCCGGUGUUCCUUGUGUUGGGACAGGGCGUCCUGCAAUUUGUUCUGGACUGGCCGGGCGAACUGAUUGGGAGAGUUGGUGCUGCAGACGUGGGCUUGUUAGCGUCAAUCUUGCUCAGUUAGUUGCAUGACGCACACGUUGAGCUUCCGUGAUAAGAAGGGGUUGUUUAUCUCUUAUGCCCUGUAUUCUGCUUGUUUUCCUUAAACUACAGUAUA